AUGUUGCCCUCCCACGGUUCCGGCGGAGCAGCCUCCCACGCGACCCCCCCAGGUGGAGGCGGUGGGAGCGGAAGUCAGCAAAACAACUCUGGGUCUUGUUUCCCGGGGUUGAAACCAUUCCCCAUGGAUCACAUACCGCCCGUUGUCCCUCAGUCCACAGGUACGCCGAACGCGCUGGCUGCGACGCCAAGUGAUUUGACAAGUACUAACCCGCUGAUGGCAAUCUGGAAAAAGGAGCAAGAACAGCAAGGGCAUUGUCAAUUCGGGGGUGGCGGCGCGGCGGUCGUCGUGGACCCUCCGAAUAGUAAUCUGCUGCACCAGAGCAGUCAGCUGAUGUUUGGUGCUCCACAUAAUCCAAUGGUGUUUCAUCAGCCCCCACCGACUAACAUCAUCAUGAAUACCAUGCCAUUGCUUCAACAGCAGUUCCCCCCACCACCGCCCGCGGCCGACGGCGGCUGCCCGACCGCGACAACGCCGGGUCUAUUGCACCCGAACAACGCCGCGCAAUUGCAUAACAACGAAAUAAACCCGAAUAACACUAAUCUGCAGCAGCAGCUCGGCUCGGACGGUACAAUUAUCAACAACCUAGCGGGC